AACAAUAACAAUAACAAUAACAAUAACAAUAACAAUAACAAUAACAAUAACAAUAACAAUAACAAUAACAAUAACAAUAACAAUAACAAUAACAAUAACAAUAACAAUAACAAUAACAAUAACAAUAACAAUAACAAUAACAAUAACAAUAACAAUAACAAUAACAAUAACAAUAACAAUAACAAUAACAAUAACAAUAACAAUAACAAUAACAAUAACAAUAACAAUAACAAUAACAAUAAC